AUGAAGAAUGAUCAAGUGGUAACAGACCAAUUCCACAAACCCAGAAGACCCAAAUACCGGGAAGUAAGCUCUCGGUUUCUAUCGUCGCCAACCACCGCAGAAACCACCACGCUCCCAUCACCGAACCACCCCAUCUCGCCGGUCCGCCGCAAACCCAAAAUCGACGAUUCGGGCCCCAACCGCGGACUAUGGCCCUCCUCAAUGUCGUCGCACAAGAAACUCGACACUCUCGCCGACCACCUCGGAAACGACGGGCGAGAAGAUCGAAUCGAACGUAAAGGUUCAAUCUUUGACAGACAGAGGAGCUACAGAGAGUUUGGUUUGUUGGAUAAUCCGAAAGAAAACGCCAAAGAAAAUCACAGACCCAUUUUUGGUGGGUCAAUGAGAUACACUGGAAAAUUCAGUUUUCCCGGAAAAUCUAACUCGUCGUCUUCUUCUACUUCGUCGUCUUCGAGCAAGUUUUCGAGCAAUUCAAAUGUGGCUGCUCCUCGGAGAUUUUCAGUGGACGAAAAUGCUCUGCAUCAGAAGUCGUCUCGCCGAAUUUCGGAUGCUCUUGAUUCGGGAUCGGAGUGCAGUGACGGCUAUUCAGGGAUGACCAUGGGGUCUCCAAAUGUCGGUCAGAGUGCUCGAAAAUCGGGUGUGGAGGUUUCUUCUAAGUACAUGAAUGAGAUUACCUUAAGGCAUCGGAGACGGACAUCGGAUUCUAACAUCGCAAAUCCGAUAUCGGGAGACAAGUCUCCGAAGCUGAACAAAUUCACCAUUAAAAAUGUGAUCAGGAGGGCUCAUUCGCUGACAGCGACCACACAGUGGGCGCUUUCACCGGGAAGAACAGGGUCGCCGACGAUGUCUGUGGAGAAUAAGGGAGUUCAAUUGUCGUCUUCGAGCAUGAAGCCUCCUAUGAGUCCCUCAAAAACCAAAGGGGUGGAGAAGUUGCUCAACUUGGGGUUGGACUUGUUCAAGACUAAAAAAUCUUCUUCUUCGCCGUCUAGUGUGUUGGUGAGGUAUGGUUCAGUUUCUUCGGGUUCAAGUAUGACAGAGAUGGGUCAUCAGCUUCGGUUGCUUCAUAAUCGAAUCUUGCAGUGGCGGUUUGCGAAUGCUAGAGCUGAUGUUGUGAAUCAGAACAUAGCAAAUCAAGCACAGAUCAAUGUUUUAUAUGCUUGGGACGGUUUGAUGAAGUUGCAACAUUCCGUGCUACAAAAGAAAGUGAAGCUACAUAAAGAAAAGCUUGACAUGAAGCUGAACUUUAUACUUUAUUCCCAACUGCUGCAAGCUAAAAAUCACCAUUUAGCUUCAGACAGGAUCUCGACAUAUCCUCGUCUCCUCCAGCAGGUUUUCCUCCUCUUCAUUGUCUGCAACCUGGAAACUCGUCAGCGCGCCCGUUUCCAGUAA